AUGGAGCAGACAAACCCUGACAGACCCGCUUCUGCGGAGAAAGACACGGCAUCGGUCAACCUGAGCUCCGGUGAGGAUGACUCUCGGAGCAGCCCACGCCGGCCGUUAAGCAAGCGUAUCUUGGCUGUCAUCUGGGAUUCCUUGGAUAAGACACCGGAAGAGAGGAGAUUUAUCGCAAAGAUUGAUUGGUGGAUCCUGAGUUAUUGUUGUAUUGCGUACUUUGUCAAGUACUUGGAUCAAACAAAUGUGUCUAAUGCCUACGUGUCUGGCAUGAAGGAAGAUCUUUCGAUGACUGGCAACGAUCUCAAUUACCUGACUACCUAUUGGAAUAUCGGCUACAUUCUCGGCCAGCUCCCUUCCCAGUACAUGUUGACAAAAAUCCGCCCUUCCAUCUGGCUUCCUACUCUUGAGCUUUCAUGGGGCUUCAUUGUCAUGGGCAUGGCUGGCUCUAAGAGCGUCACUACUAUUAGCGCGGCCCAAAUGUUUUCAGGGGCUGGUCUCGCGGCUUGGCGCUGGCUGUUCAUUUUCGAUGGUAUCAUUGGGAUUCCCAUUGCUGUAUACGGCUAUUGGGCCAUUCCGGAUGCACCGACAUCUUCCAAGGCCCGUUGGUUGAAGCCCCGCGAUAGGGAGAUUGCUGUCUCUCGAAUGGAAAAGGUCGGCCGUGCUCCACUCAAGCGAUUAACUUGGGGUACAAUUCGCGACAUCCUUGCCAACUGGCCGAUCUGGCUAUUCAGUUCCAUCUUUAUUGCACACGUUUGCGCUAUCAAGAUCUACAGCUACUUCAAUCUCUGGCUCAAGUCGACGCAUCUGUAUUCAACCGAGGAGGUCAACAUUAUUCCAACUGCCGGAUACGGACUCCAGAUCGUAUGCACGCUCACCUAUGCAUGGGUAUCCGACGCGGUUCAAAGCCGGUGGCCGCUCAUCAUUGUUGCUUGUCUAGUGGCACUGAUUGGAACAAUCAUUUUGUCUAUCUGGCCGUCAGGGAAUAUCAGUGCGAUGAUGGCAGGAUGGUUACUGACGUUUUGCGAAACCGGUGCUGGUGCUCUUAUCAUCACUUGGAUUAACGAGAUCUGUGGACACAAUGCGGAACAUCGGGCCAUCAUCAUCGGAGUCGUGGAGACAAUGGCAUUCACUUUCUCCGCUUGGGUGCCGUUGCUUGUGUACAACACCGGUGAAGCACCCCAUUUCAAGAUUGGAUAUCAAAUCGCGGCAAUGUUCUUCUCGAUUGAAAUUGUAUUGACGGUUGUCAUCUUGUUCUGCUGGAGGAGAUGGCCUCAGGGGUAG